CUGAAAUAGACCAAUGCGAAGCGGGGUGAACCUGCCGUUGCAGCGAUGGGACGAGCACGGAGAAAUGACAGCUUGUGCAGGAAUUUAGGCUGAACUGCAUCCCACCGCAGGCGGACGGACAGGAUUGCGACUGCCGGCUCGGUCGAACUAUGUGAGAGCUGGAGGUUCUUCGUUCUGAGGCGUUAUGUUUUAUUUAUUUUUAAAUCUAGGUAUGGAUUCUGUGAAACGGGUGCUAAAGUUGACCCGGCGGUGUCCUUUGGAUGUGCUCCGGCUGAAACUCGGCUAAAUUUGAACGGUUGUGGAAAUGCUCCCUCUCUCCCUUUGGGACGGUGACAUUAUUUGCAGCUGUAGGGGAGAAAUAACGGGAGCGGCUGUGAACGGGAUAACGGAAUUACUUCUCUGACCGAAGAACUGUGAACCGCCGAUCACUCUGAAGCUGUCCAGGAUUUCACCAGGCUGAUGACACAGGAGACUUUCCAGUCAAUUGUUUUAUAGGUAGACUUCUUUUUGCAUGUUGUUUUUUGUCGGCAAAACCCCCACAAUUCAUGCAAUUGCACUGCAUGGGCCGUUAAUCCGCACAUAAACACGUUCAGGUUAACGCUCUAAAUUUCACUUUUAGUUGUGAGCAAAGACGUUUUUGCAGAUUAAAUGGAGAUAAGGCUGCUCCAUAAAAUGCGAAAUUCACCUCUGGGCAUCAUUUUCAUUACAAUUCUGGACAUAUAGCUUUAGCUUUUGUUCAAGAUAUAAACGAGUAAUAACAACAAUGAUUACACAAAAGAGAAUUUGACGCCAAUAUGUAACAUUAGUAGUUAUUGUUAAUUAUUUAGCUCAUAAUUACCCGAACCUUUUACGUGCACCUUUCCAAUGGAUGCAUGUUGCCAAAGUUCUUUUGUGAAAAAGCGCAUUUGAGGCAAUGGCUUUUAAGUAGACAGCAUGAGAACAUCUGUGCACGCAUAAAGGAAAGUUUCUGUUUCUGCACUUGUUUGAUGAAGUUGCGUUUACGCACCGGAAAGCAUGUGCUCCAGGCCCGUCUUCCUUUUUUUUGAAAGAAGGUUUGAAUCAAAAAUGUGCACAGAUGCAUGGCUAUUUUUUUUUACGACACAGCCUGCUAUAAAUACAAGCUUUUUAAUCUGGUAAACUUUUUUGGAGAUCAUGAUUUGGAUCCACCUGUGGUGAUUUUCUUGCUGUUUCCAUGCGUAUUUCUUCUUCUCCAGACCUCUGGACGUUGUUGUGGAUUGUGUUGCUAUUUAAUGCAAUGGGCUGUAUCCAGAGUAUCAGGUGUAAGCCCAAGAGUUUCCGAGACAGUAUCACCGUCCUGGAGGUGAACACUUCCAUCGACCCCAACCCCACCAGCAUCGACGAGUCAUCCAGCGUGGUGCUGCGCUACCGGACACCGCACUUCCGAGCGCAUGCUCGAGUCCUAGUGCCGCCAGUAGCCAGUAAAGAGACAUGGACAAUCGGCUGGAUCCAAGCCUGUAAUCACAUGGAGUUUUACAAUACGUAUGGAAACAAAGGGAUGUCGAGUUGGGAGCUCCCCGAUCUCCGCGACGGCAAAAUCCAGGCCAUCAGCGACUCGGAUGGGGUAAACUACCCGUGGUACGGCAACACGACGGAGACCUGCACUGUGGUAGGCCCCACCAAGAAAGACAGCAAGUUCACUGUUAGUAUGAAUGACAAUUUCUACCCCAGCGUGACCUGGGGUGUGCCCGUCAGCGACAGCAACGUGCCUCAGCUUACCAGCAUCCGCCGCGACCAGAGCUUUACGACCUGGCUUGUGGCCAUUAACCAGGCCACCUCAGAGACACUCGUCCUGCAGACAAUCCGCUGGAGGAUGCGGCUUCACAUCCGAGUCGACCCAGAGAAGCCUCUGGGUCACAGGGCCGCUCUGAACGAGCCUGUGGCCCAGGAACAGCCUCAGAUCCUGGGCAAAAAUGAGUCCAUCCUCUCUAACGCCAUGGUCAAGCCCAACGCCAAUGACGCCCAGGUGCUGAUGUGGCGGCCAAAGAUUGGUGACCCUGUGGUGGUCAUCCCACCCAAAUACUGACUUGUUUUACUGACCAGACUGGCCUUGGAUACCUUAACAGUAUCAUCUCUUAUUUUUCUUUUGUUCCUGCUCGUCACCAGCUCUCACUGCUUUAACCCCUCCACUAAUUUUUGCCUCGAUAUUCUUCUCUCUUUUGUUUAAAAAAAGACUGAAUGAGGGAGAGAAACAGGCAAACAAAAACCAGCUUUGAGAAAAAGACCAGCUGUUGCUUUGAGGUGGAAGCUUUUGAAACUCGAGCGAACAAACCACAACCAUUCUACCUUCAACCUGGGUCGGGAUCGCACUGUGCUAAAUGAAGUUUAGCAAAAAUUAAAAACAAGAGGAUUUCUUUGUUUUUUAUUUCAGUUUUAUAUGUUGUGAUUAGGGGUUUGUGAGUGUGGGUUGAAUAUUUACAUGUCCAUGUCUGCGCACAUGAUACAUACAUGGACAUGCACAAACCUUGUGUAUGAAUACCAGUUGUAUUUUUAUUUAUAGACUGGGAGCAUUUUAUUUUGUUUGUUGUUGCAUUGGGUGACAUCCUAGAUUUAAGUACUUUUUUUUUAAACAUUGCGAGACAUUCAAUCCAUGCUGCCUUAAGUUUACAUUGCUUUCUACUGCAAACUUUUUAGCCUUAAACAAAGUGCAAUGCAGUGUUUUGCUCAUUUGUCCCAUCUCUACCAGACAAUUAGUGCUGGCAUAUGUGGAUUUAGGAAAAAUACCAUAGACGAAGACCCUGGUUCCAAGUCUUUUAUGUUCAGUUGCAUUUGCCUGACAAAUGUAUUGUCCCAUGAGUUCAACCAGCAUUAUAGUACACACAGUUAUACAACCCAGCUAACUGGUUGUGUUUCAAGUGCAUUAUGCAACGGAAGAGAUGUUCUGUACCGAAACAGAGAGCACCAGUAAAGCCAACACUGGUCAAUAGCACUCAACACAAUAAUGUGCAAUAGCAAUUUGGACAAAAAGUACUCAAAAGCACACCUCGGCUAACCUCACUUCAUUAACAUUAUUCUAUUUAUAGGCCUUUGUAGCAUUUAACAUCAGAACACAACUCUUCCUUUCUCUGCAUCACUCCAUCUCAGGGCCUCUUUGUCACUUCCUUUCCUUCUCUUGAUUUAUCCAUCCGGUCUGGCCUACUCUUUCUUUCCACAGUGAGUGACUCAUUUUUAGCCAUGCUCACAUUAAACAAUCAAUACUUUGAUCAUUUAGCAGCCACAGACAAGAUAACUAGAGACUUAAAAAAACUAAGAAUGAUAACAGCAGGAUGUCUGACAUGUUGUCAAUCUCGACAAUAGGAAAUAAUUUAACAGUUUAUGUAUAAUUGUUGCCUUCCUUUAAAUCUAUAACUCCCCCUUUCUUUACGUAGUAUUAAGCCUGUCUCUCAUGUUUGUUCCUCAAUCAUCUGUAAUCAUCAUCUACACAAGAGUUCCUCCUCCCACUCCUCCCCCUUCCCUACCCCUUUCUUUCUCUCAAACGUUGUUGAGGCUGAAAAGCAGAGCAGGAGGCAUGCAAGUUUCCUCCUGACUGCUCGGAUAGCAUAUAGAUGACCCACUUCUCUGCCCUGCCAGUUGUAGCCAUCGCCGCAGAUAUGUGGGGCUUGUUUCCCUGUUUUGUCGCUGCCAGCAAAUGUAAGACACAAACACAUGAAUACACAAACAGCUCCGCUCAGCUAAAUACCAAUACAUUAAAAAAAUGUCUGUUUAGGUGUUAAUCUUGAAAAAAAAGGGCUUAAUCUGCAAACUGAAACUCCUAAAAGCAGAAAGAAAAGCUGAAAUUUGCCUCAUGGGAAGCCAAAAUAUAAGUUAAAGGUUAUUUAUGUAAACAUAGUAUUAUACAAUCUGUUAGAGAGCUCUGUAACUUUGCUAUUUAAAUGGCCAAGUUUUUGCUUUCAAAUCAGGCAAAAAUCUUGGAAGCUUGCUGCGCUCACCAAGUUCCUGUGUUUUGCCUUUAACCAAAGAAAUAAUUAGCAUGCAAGUCUAACCAGUUUAUGUUUUUCACAAAGAUUAGUAAGCUGCUGCUAUUUUAGUGUAUAAGUGUCUCCUUACUGUCAACUAUACAAAAUAUCCAUCCAUCAAACUUGGUUCAAGCCACAUUUCUUAAGGAUAUUCUGUCCAUUAAAUAACUACAAAACGGACUGAUUUUAAAAUGUAACUCAGUUCUUUAAAUUUGCGUAAUAUAAAACAUGCUUUUUUAUAAAUGGCAAAAAUUAGAUGACAAGAUCAAUUCAACGCUCAUGGCCGUAUGCUACAUUGGACGCUACAUCCAGCAGUUAGCUUAGCUUGGCAAAAUGGGAAAUAGCUUCGCUGCCAAAAGGUAACACAAUAAAUCUACCAGCACUUCCAAAGCAGACUGAACAGCGCAAUAUCUCACUUGUUUUAUGCGUACAAACCAAAGUGUAAGAAUGACAAAUAUUGGCUUUACAGGGAGUGUUUACUGUUCUACUGUUUAGCUAAGUAAGCCCUCUUCUUUUGUAGCUAGCAUACAGAUACAAAAGUCAUACCAAUCUCCAUCUCGAGCCUUCAACAACAAAGCAAGUAAAAGGUUUAACUGUUUCUAAAUUGAAUGACCACCUACACUUAUGGAGAAUUAGCACCAGAGCACCAUUUGGCUUAAUUUAGCAAUAUUUAGCUGCACCAUAGCUCAAAUGUCAAUUAAUUACAUCUGUUUCCUGCCACCAGCUAAACUGCUUUGUUCACAUUAUAGCUAAGCCCUCACAAGGCUGCAUAUAGACACUUCUGCUCGGCACACUCUAUGGUGUAACCACGAUAGCCUCUGUUGCAGGCUGGAUUCACAGGGCGCCGUUGUGGGGAGAUGAGAACUUUUGGGGGGCUGCUGCUGUCAUAAUUAGAUCUGUCGUGACACACUUCCAUGCCCUAGAUGUACUGAACUGUGCUGAGUCGUGCCAUGCAAUGCACAGGCCAGCUAAAGUCAUGGGUGAGAUUUAAGUGAGGUCGGAUAGCAAGGGUCAGGGUCCAAGUGUUUGUGUGAGGGUCGCACUCAAAGUGUACUACAGACACAGUAGCACGGAUGGAAUUAAUAUGAUGGUGAAAACAAAUUAAAUCCAUUUAGCCAGCUUAAAAUAACAGUGACAUUUACCAAGAGCAAAUUGGAUGUGAACCACAAGGAAUUUUAAUUUGUGGUUUUUGUUUCCAAGGUAGCAGAGGAAGCUGUAGCAAACCGUAGCAUUUGUGUCUGCCUCCCAAUAACCUAAGCGGACAGUGGACAGCACUCUUAAUGGAAUACAUGUUAUAAAAUGUAAACACACAGUGUGUCUCAUGCUCACAACAUGUAUGUGUGUGUGUGUUUGUGUGUGUGUGUUCAUGUGAGCGUGUCUGUUAAAUCCUAUUUGAGGGAUUUAGUCAGGAUGAGGAGUUUCACUGGUGUGCUUCUGCUUUUAAGUCAUGAUGCUUUCUCUCUUUGGCUCUCUCAAACGGACACAGCGCAGGAAAGGUUACGUCCUUGUCAUAAAACAGGGACAGAGCUUGCCCUCUCUCUCACACACACACACAGACAGGCACAAACACCCUGAGGCGAAAGGAGUAGGCCUGGCGUGGUAUCUGAUUGUCACAGCAGUGUCACAUUGGCAGUGAGACUCAUUUAUCAGCCCUGCACGUGGACCGUCUGAACACAUGCUGCAAAGCCAUAUGCACAAACAAGCCUGUUUAGCUAAUAAACAGGAAGUGAUACAUGUAUUUUUUGUGUCUAGUAAGAGUUGGAAAAUAGAAGAACUGAGGUCAUUGAGUGGGUGCCUGUCAACUAUCAACAGCAUUACAUGUCAUAUUGUAGGAUAAGGGUUCUAAUAGUCUUCUGUUUGUGUGUGUGAAUCUGUUGAAGAUGUAUUUCUAAUGUGUAUUUUAUGUAAACAACACAGAAGAACUCCAUAAAUGCUUUACGUGCUUCCUUAACUAAGCCACAGAAUAACAUAUUGUUUGUUUGCUAUACGGAAGGCUAAAGGUGCCAAAAUUGGACAAAGCCAAAACUAUGCAUUAUGACAUCGGUGAACUUUAAAACCUUGUGGCACUUAAUUACAGUCCUGUUUUCAGUUGUUUAUGAAAAUGAUUGGGCAUGUUUGUAUUUCCAGGGAAACAUCACAAAUGUAGCCAUGUGGACGAUUAUUUGCUCAAGUGUUUUCUGCUUGUAGGGCUGUGCCAAGCUCGGCGAUAAAAGCCUCCUCUCCUAAAUGCACACAGUUCUUCUGAAGGCUGCAACCUUUGUUUUAAGUAGCUGUUGAACUGCUACGAGACAUAAGUUAAUCCUAAUCAUCCCUUUAUUUAAACCAAUAAAACAUCCCAGGUUCAAACCAUAGGACCACCUGCCUUUAUUUCCUGACUUUGACUUUUGGUUUCUUCAUCCCAAGAAAAGUUUAUUUUGCUGUCCAAAAGAAAGUCAACACAGUCCCAUGGUUCUAAUACAACCUUAAUGUAGCACAUGUGAUAAUAUGAGCGACUAUGUAUGUUUGUUUUCUGGAAAUACAGCUCUGACGAAGUUAAAGCAGUUUUCGUUCAGCUUUGACUUUUACACCAAUACUUGAAAAUGGGUCAGUUCUGGCAAAUAUUUAAAACUGUGAAAAUGCACAACACUGGGAAAACAAACCCUGAAAAAAUAAUAUAUAAAAAGGUUUUUUUCAUGAAGGAAUAAAAUAUACAAACAUU